AUGAGCGGAUCACGGUCCAGCUGUGACACUGGGGAAGCGACUAUGGGUGACGCACUGGCGCAGCAACUCGGCUGCAAGCCGGCUCUGAUGGCUGAUCACCACCGGAGAGCCUGGAGGACGGGGAGAAUAUUCGAGGUCGAGGGUUCUACGUCGCCAUGGCGCUCCACUUGCUCACAGUACCGACCACGCGCUUUGCUGCCCAGCCGUCGGGAUAAAGCGCCGCCGUUAACGUGUCACACUGGAUGGAGCAGGUGUUACAGAGUGACUGCAGUGUGCUCGCUGAUGCUGUGGGUGCUCUUGCUGACUGCCUCCACUUUCCUGUUGGUUAAGUUCAACACUCGGAAUAUGGAAAAUAACCAGUUACAGACCAAAAACAAGGACCUGACCAUAGAGAAAGACCAGCCACAGACCAAAAACAAGAACCUGACCAUAGAGAGAGACCAGCUACAGACCAGAAACAAGAACCUGACCAUAGAGAGAGACCAGCUACAAACCAGAAACAAGGACCUGACCAUAGAGAGAGACCAGCUACAGACCAGAAACAAGAACCUGACCAUAGAGAGAGACCAGCUACAGACCAGAAACAAGGACCUGACCAUAGAGAGAGACCAGUUAAAGACCAGAAACAAUGGCCUUCAAAACAGGUUGACCACCUUAGAACAAAGAUGGAUCCUAUUUAGCUCUAGUUUUUACUAUAUUUCUACUAAGAGGAUGAACUGGACUGAGAGCAGACAGGACUGCAAAGAGAGAGGAGCAGACCUGGUAAUCAUAAACAGCAGAGAGGAACAGGAAUUCAUCCUUAAACAUGUGGUACAUGAUGAAGCUUGGCUUGGCCUGAGUGACAGAGAAACAGAGGGAAAGUGGAAAUGGGUGGAUGGUACAGAACUGACCGCAAGCACUGGGUACUGGCGUAAGGGGGAACCAAAUAAUUCACAUAAUAAAGAGGACUGUGCCAUACUGUGGAACUUUCCAGAUAAGAAGGGUUGGAAUGACGUGCCAUGUGAUUUUGUGAUGAGGUGGAUUUGUGAGAUUUAGUGCUAAAUGUAUAAACAACUGGAAAAUGCUAAAAAUGCUUGCAGACAUAAUAAACUAAAUGCACCAAGAAGUUGGACCAGCUGUAACUAUCAUGUGUGAAGUGUUUUUAACUACCACAUGGUGAAAUUCAUGCAAUUUCUAUAUCUCAAUUUCAUGUAAACCACAGCCCACAGAUAACCAAAGCCAUGUACACUCCACUACCAGUCCUCUAAUCUACA